AUGCCAAAGGUCAACAGUUACGCGCCGGCUUGGCUAUGCCGGCCGUCGCCCGGUGCGAGCCUCUUUACCAGCAAUUCUCUCGCAACCCCCGCGCAAGACACCCAACCUACCCCCAAGUCUGCUACAGCUAGCGGCGCGACCAGGACGAUUGCAAAGAGAGGGAAUGAGGUCUUCGCCGUGAUCGAAAAUGAGAUUCGGUGGUCGAAUUUGGCCCGGGUGAAGGAUCAAUGGCAGCAGCAGGCGAGACAGAAGAAAACCUCGACUGGACAGACGAAGGAUCCGGCAAAGGACGGCGAGAUCCCAUCUUAUAGGCUGACGAGGUGCAGGUUCUGGCGGUUCCCGUCUACGGUCUUAUCCAUCAAAUCCUCCCAUCGCCGAAUGGCGCCUUUUCUCGCCAUCGUGACCGAGCAUACAGUUCACAUCGCGGUGCUGCCCGACUCUUCUCAUCUCUCGUCUAAAGAUACUUCGCCUAUCCGUUUAAAGACCUACCAACUUGGUCCUACCACCCAUGUUAUCCCCGAAGCACCUGUCGUCUCCGCGUUGUGGCACCCGCUGGGCCUGCACACCAACCUCGGUGGUUGUAUUGUGACAGUUACCGCCGAUGCCGCCGUACGGGUGUGGGAGUUGGACAGAAACAACCACUGGUCAUUCGAUCAGCCAACUCUCGCGAUUGAUUUGCAAAAAUUGGUCGAUGGGAGCUCUUCGGACCAGGACUUUGCGCCUACUGGCUUCGGAAAGAACAAGGGUUUCUCCGCCGACAUAUAUGAUAUGGAAGUCGCCUCGUCUUGCUUUGCCGGCAAUGGAAGUGAGAGGGAGGAUGCUUGGGCUCCGAUGACUCUCUGGGUAGCAAUGAAGCCCGGUGACCUCUAUGCGUUGUGCCCUCUACUGCCUUCGAAGUGGCAGGCCCCGUCCGCAACGAUCCCAUCGCUAUCUUCCGCUAUAAUUCCCAAACUGGCAUCCCUCGAAGAGGCACCGGAGGAUUUGGAAGAGGAGCUUACUGCUUGCCGACAGCAGUAUGAAUGGUUACGGGAGAUUGAUGACCAGGAGCCGUUAGAUCCCCCCUCCGAAUCGGAUACAAUCCAGGGAGCGGAUGUCUUCACUCGACCCGGUAACCCAAGUGCUAUUCCACGUUUGCAAGGUCCCUUCCGUUUCGAGACGGGAGAUGAAUUAGAUGACUUGGAUCUCUGCGAUAUUAUGGUCAUUGCUGCCAGACUCAACGCCGAAGACCUAAUGAUGGGCGAAGACGAGGAACUGGCAGUGGAAUCAAGCGAGCGUGAUCAGCUUUCGGGCACUGUCAUCUGUCUGACUAGCGGAAAUGGUCGUGUUCAUAUUUGUCUAGAAUUGGAUGGCGUGGAGGGUCAGUGGUUGCCCAAGGCCCGCAGGAAUGCCUUCCGCACUCCUCUCUCAGAGCCUGCCGAUCUGGUGCUGCUCGAAUCGCUCGAUACUAUUAAGGAUAGCGACGCUGCAGCGGCUACCUGGCCUACUUUUACCCGGGACGUUCACUCCCGCUACUCCUUCUUCGUCACAAAUACGACCACAGUGGCCUUCUUCUCCAUGUCCUCAUUUGUCCAAAGACUAGAGGCUGAAUUACAGUCAGAGGACAUCUCUGGAUCAAGCUUCCGAAUGCAGGUUCUAUUUGACUCAGAUGUGGCUAAGAGAGAGCAAAUUCUCCAAGUCUCGGACGCCGAUUUGAUCGUCAAGAACGAGCACCUCGCUACAUCCGUGGUCUUCUACGACUAUGACCUUGGCUAUCUUCUUCUCACUUACAACCCCUCCAACCCGUACGCAGCUGCGAUGGACGUCCCGGCAGACGCCCUCUCUGCCAAAAUUCCCCCUAUACCCGGAUCCCCUGCCCUACUUCCCCGGCGUGCGCCGUACCAAGUUCCCGCCGUCCUCUAUGCACAGUCUCCAUUGGAUUCCUUCGUCGAAAAGCACGUCCCGCACCGCCAGCGAAACACGCUCAAGGAUCAGGUACGCCUGUCUCCCGCUACGCUGGACCUCGUGACUUCUGCCCAUCGCGUACUCUCAGCUCACACCAAUGCGCUCGAGCGAGCGGCCUCCGACCUCUUCCGUCGUUGUGAGCGCCUGCAAGGCGAAAUGAAGGACCAACUGAAGCAGCUCUCCGAAGUUGCGGAGCGUAUCAAGGGCACGACCAGUGAGAUUGGCGAAGAUGGGAAUCGCAAGGAGGGCGCUCGAAAUGGAGAAGCCCUCGAUAAGAGAUUGGAUGCGGCGAAGGAUCGGCAAGCGGAACUUGCGCAGCGAUAUGAUGCGCUGCGGAAGAAGCUUCUCAAUUCCGGUGGUCGUCCUCUGAGCGAGAGGGAGAAGGCUUGGGUUAAUGAGGUCAAUGUUUUGUCGGAGUCUUUCAGCGAACAGGAGGAGCCGAAGGGUGAUGAACAAGAUCAGGCACUGGCGCAACGCUUGGAGAUGGUCAAACAAUUGGCUACCAGUCUCAUCAGCGAGACCAAGUCCAUCGUAGCCAAGGCUCCCUCACCCACCGAGCCUGGCAGCCCGUCUUCCCCUGGCGGGUCUCAGCCCAGAGUCCCGCAACGUUUGCAGCGGGCUAAGAUUGCAGAUGCGAUGAGGAUGGUUGAGCGAGAGUCGGCCGUCAUUGAUGCCAUUACGUCCCGUUUGGAACGCCUUAACACGAGCAUGUAA